UACUAGUUUUUUAGAAGCUACUUCUAAUAUACUUAGUGAAAAUGAAGAAUUUAGCGAUAUUUGGAAUUGUGUUAAUAAAGAUGCUAGUUUAGAGCACGGACAUUAUAAGGCUAGUUGUCGACCAAAUGAUAUAUGUUUACAUCUUGCUCAGCAAUGCUUAAAUGUUCCUGAUGAUAUUAGAUAUUUUUGGAGAGAUUUUAUUAUUGAAGAAAAAGAAUCUACACAAAAAUCCAAAAAUAAUCAAUCUGAAAUUACAACUCAUUUUUAA